AUGAGCUCAAUUGGCACUGGUUAUGAUCUCGCUGCUGCAACUUUCUCACCGGAUGGGCGUAUUUUUCAAGUUGAAUAUGCCCAAAAAGCAGUUGAUAAUGGUGGUACAAUGAUUGCUAUGCGAGGAAAAGAUGGUGUUGUUACGGCAGCUGACAAGCUAAUCACUUCGAAAUUAUAUGUUGAAAAUGCGAAUCCAAGAAUGGCAAAUGCAGGUGAAUAUAUCGGUUGUGCAAUGGCAGGCAUAUAUCCGGAUUGCAGGGCACUUUUAGAUUAUGCAUCAAGUGAGGCACUCAAUUAUUUGAAAGAGUACCGUGCACCUAUUCCGAUCAAAAAACUGGCAAAUCAAUUAGCCGAAUAUGUCCAUGUAUAUACGCUUGGUAUCAGUAGACCUUUUGGAGCUUCAAUAUUCUUGACUGCUUGGGAUGAAAAGGCAAGUAUUUGGAUUUUUUACUUGGGAAAUGAAGGUACUCUUUCUCAUGCUAAUGGUUCACAGUUAUUCUUGUUGGAGCCUUCAGGUUUAUGUUAUGAGUACAAGGCAUGGGCAAUUGGUAAGCAUCGACAAGCAGCUAAAACAGAAAUUGAGAAAUUGAAAUUUGAAGAUAUUCCAAUGCAGCAAUUAGUUAAUGAAGCAGCACGAAUAAUUUUAAUGGUGCGAGAUGAAGCGAAAGAUAAGAAUUUACAAGUGGAAAUGAGUUGGGUAGGCGAAAUUACUGGAGGAAAACAUGAGAUUGUUCCGAAAGAUAUAGUAAAAGAAGCGGAAGCUUGGGCUAAAGCGAAGUUAGAAGAAGAUGAUCUGGAUGAUUGA